UGUUAGUGGCCUUCCAUUUAUUCAUUUUCGUCCCAUUCAUUUUAGGGGUACUUGCGGUUAAUGUCACUUCCUUUGCGGAGAUUUAAAUCCAAUUGAGUUCAGUGAAAUAUCUCCGAAUGCGUGAAAGACUUCCUCAAUCAAAUUUCAUCCACAUGUUUAUCAAACGUGGCUUUCAACACCUUAAGAUAAUAGGUCGCUGGAGAAAAGAAGUAACUCGAUAUUUAUCGGACUCAUCAAUCGCUAUCGUCCAAUAUGUUCUCCACAAGAAAUUCAUUUCAUUGUUCGUCGUUACCGAAAUCCUAAAAAUACCCGCGUGAAGUGUUUUUAAUUCGAAUUUCAGGCUUAAGGUUCAAGUUUAUGCUAUUUCGAGCUUCGGUGUAGUCAAUGCAUUUGUGACGCAAUUGCAUAUAAAUGCCUAGUUUUACCUCUGUAAACCGACAGAGUUGAAAGUUGUAAACGAAGGGGGGGCUGCAAAGUCACUUGUAUAUUUGCAUAUCAAUGGCCUCACCACAUAAUAACGGGAACGAAAAUAAGAUUACGCAUGAUACGAAGUCCGGGGGAGAUACCGCCGACAUAUUGCCUCUUCCUCGUGACAGAGGGUCGCUUGUUAUGGCCAGUAAUAACGAGUACGAACCACUACGAACGUUUGAGACAGCAGAUGACGAACAGCCCAAACGAACUGUCUUUGGUCGCAGAUUGAAUCGUAAGGCAUUGAUAGCAUUCUUAGCCCUGGUUGUUGUUGCUGUUGCUAUCAUCGCGGUCACUGUUGUUCUCGUUGUUUAUAAUGAUUCAGAAAAUAACAACAGCGAGACAAAAACAAAACGAGAUGAAAACCGCUAUCAGUUUGACGACAUGUUUGGAAGAGAGUUUUAUGCAGAUAUCCCGGAUGAAACCUGGAUUUCUGAUGAUACCGUGCUCAGAGUGAAGAAUGGUGACGUGAACCAGUAUAAUUUUGCUACCAACAAGACAAGUGUAUUAUUCUCACAAAAAACACUCGCAAAUGUAGGAAUAUAUAUGUAUGAAAGAUCAAGCUAUAACACAUUAUCACCAGAUGGACAAUGGAUGCUGUUUGCUGUCGAUGUAACGCAGAAGUAUCGAUACUCCACUGUUUCGAAGUUCGUCGCUGUAAACAAAGAGACCAAAAAGGGAGUUAAUAUAAGCACAGAUGGGCCUGGUUCGAUGUCUUCUAUUCAGUAUAUUUCAUGGGGAAAUAAAGGCAACAGUUUGGUUUUUGUGUCGGACAAUGACGUGUACUGGAUUAAGUCGAUAGAACAACCAAAUGCCGUUCGAAUUACGUCGAAUGGAAAGAAGAAGAUCAUGUUUAAUGGAAUCCCUGAUUGGGUUUACGAAGAGGAAAUCCUUGGUGUAAGACCAGCGCUUGUCGUAUCCCCAGACGAUAAAUAUCUGUGUUUUGCGAGUUUUGACGAUACAGAUGUUCCACUCUUCAAGAUAGCUUACUAUGGUAAACCCAUCACACCUUACACACGUAUUCAGGAUAUUGCCUACCCAAAACCUGGAACGAAGAAUCCCAUUGUACACAUUUAUAUUUAUGAUGUUCAGAAGAAAAAAAACAUCAAGUUGACGCCUCCAACAGACAUGAAGGAUAGAGACCACUAUUUUACUAACCUUGUCUGGGCGAACAGCGGGAAAAUCAGUAUUCAGUGGAUGAAUAGGGAACAAACAACAAGCGUCGUGAUGAAUUGUGAGGCGUCCAGUGGUGUUUGUACCGAGAAUUAUAGAUUGGAUGUUGAGAACGGAUGGGUUGAUCAGAACUAUCCUGACCCUCAGUUCUCAACCGACGGUGAUUUCUAUGUCCAAUUAUUACCUCGAGACGAAGGCGGAGAUGCUGGGAAAUUCUUACACAUCGCCAAAGUUCCUUUCACUGAUAAUGCAAAAGUCGAGUUUCUGACACAGGGUCGCUGGGAAGUGAAGAGAAUUGCAUCUUUUGACAAGAAGAAUGAAAUUGUAUAUUAUGAAGGAACGGAAGAAUCUUCGAUGAAGCUACACCUCUACAGCGUUGAUCUGAAAGGAAAGAAAACCUGCCUCUCUUGUGAGUUGAAAGAAACGAAAGAGGGACGUUGUACGAAUUACGAUUCAUCGUUCAGUACGAAGAGUUCCUGGUAUAUCCUAACGUGCCUUGGUCCUGGUGUUCCGAUAAGUUGGUUCAAAAGUUCAACGGAUAAAUCAGAGAUCCUACUUUACGCUAAUACCAGGCUUGAAAAACUCUUGGACACGACGGAAAUGCCAACGUAUAAAUAUUAUGUUAUAAAGACAACUGAUGAGGAAUAUGAAAUCCACGUGAGAGAAUUAAGGCCUCCCAAUUUUGAUGAAAAGAAAAAAUACGCCGUUUUAUUCAAUGUGUAUGGUGGACCAAGUAGCAAGGAGAUAAUGGAGACCUUCCAGACAGGAUAUCAUACAUAUUUGACAAGCAAUUUUGAUAUUAUUGUUUGUGAAGUGGAUGGUCGUGGUACUGCGUUCAGAGGAAGAAAAUUUGAACAUGCUGUUUAUAAACAGCUGGGGGAAUAUGAGAAGAACGACACUUUGGCUGCGGCGAGAUUUAUGCAAUCAAAAGAUUAUGUCGACCCAUACAAAAUCUCAAUCUGGGGUUGGUCCUACGGUGGCUUUUUGACUUCAUACAUCCUUAGUACUCAAGAUAGCAGAGUCUUCCAAAGUGGUGUUGCGGUCGCUCCUGUCACUGACUGGAGAUACUAUGAUUCAAUUUACACUGAGCGAUACAUGGGGAUGCCGGACAAGAGCGAUAAUUAUAUUGGCUAUGAGUUCACGUCCGUUCUGGAGCAUGCUAAAAACAUUCCUGAUAAUUCAUUUCUACUGGUACACGGAACUGGCGACGACAAUGUCCACUUUCAGAAUAGUGCCCAAUUAGUUGAGGUUAUGGCAGAAGCUGGAGUGAAAUUUGAAAUGCAGAUUUACACGGACAAACACCAUUCACUAGAAGGAAAUCACGUUCAUAGGCAUUUAUAUCACUUACUAACAGAUUUCUUUAAAGACAAAUUAAAGUUAUAGCAUUAUGAUGUAAAAUCUAUAAGAUGAUAUUUUUAUACUGACAUUGUAAUUAUUAAUAUAGAACACUGCUAUACGUGGUCAGAAUUGAUAUAGAAUGUUGAUCAUUCAUUUU